GCUGCUGACAGUACCUACCCAGUACUUACCAAAGCCAAAUGGCGCCGCUUUUGGACAGCCCGUAUCAUCCCUGCCGCUCGAACGAUCUGGUGGCGGGCUCUUCAUAACAAGGUAUCCUGUCGUGCCGCUCUACAUCACAUUUUACCUGAUCGUUUUGAUAGUCCACUGUGUGCUCUUGGUGACCUCGCGUUGGAUUCGGUCGAUCACUUUUUGUUUGCUUGCUCGCUCAAAUGGGAAGUCUGGUCCCAAGUCCUCGAAGAUUGCCUACUCGUCUCAGUGUCUCUAGACACUAUUUCCAAAGCCAUUUUUUCGCUUGACCUUCCAUCCUGGCCUAUAAGGAACUCUCCGCUCUCUGAGGUCCAACUUAUAGCAGGUGUUCUACUUGGCGUCUGGCGCACGCAUUGGUCAUUUAUUUUUUCCGCCGUUCCUUUCAACUCCAUAGUCGUCAGCAGCUCUACCCACAAACUUCUUCUCACCUUCCGCCAGGAAGAAACCAUC